AGGUCAUGCAGGAGUGUCUGCCAGCAUGAUGAAGAAAAGAACUUCCCACAAAAAGCAUAGAAACAAUGUGGGACCAAGCAAACCUAUUUCUCAGCCACGAAGAAAUAUUGUUGGCUGCAGAAUACAGCAUGGAUGGAAAGAAGGGAGUGGACCUGUAACACAAUGGAAGGGCACAGUUCUUGAUCAAGUUCCUGUAAAUCCCUCUCUCUAUCUUAUAAAGUAUGAUGGAUUUGAUUGUGUGUAUGGACUAGAACUGCACAAAGAUGAAAGAGUUUCAGCACUUGAAGUUCUUCCAGACAGAGUUGCUUCAUCUCGAAUUAGUGAUGCCCACCUGGCAGACACAAUGAUUGGUAAAGCUGUGGAACACAUGUUUGAGACAGAAGAUGGCUCAAAAGAUGAAUGGAGGGGGAUGGUUUUGGCUCGAGCUCCUAUUAUGAACACAUGGUUUUAUAUUACCUAUGAGAAGGAUCCCGUCUUGUACAUGUACCAACUCUUAGAUGAUUAUAAAGAAGGUGACCUUCGCAUUAUGCCUGAUUCAAAUGAUUCACCUCCUGCAGAACGGGAACCAGGUGAAGUUGUGGACAGCCUGGUAGGCAAACAAGUGGAAUAUGCCAAAGAAGAUGGCUCAAAAAGGACUGGCAUGGUCAUUCAUCAAGUUGAAGCCAAACCAUCUGUGUAUUUCAUCAAGUUUGAUGAUGAUUUCCAUAUUUAUGUCUACGAUUUGGUGAAGACAUCCUAGACGUCAUCGUGAACUUUUGCCAAAUUUGUGGAACUAUUACAUGUAAAAUUUGUAGACACAAAGACUUGACUGCUUUCCAGUUUAAUGAAAGCUUAAAUGUCCCUGCGAACCCACAAUCUCUGCCAGCAAAACUGUUUUGUUCUGAAUAUAAACAAACAUGACACAUUUUGUGUAAGAGAACUCCUUUUCAUGAAGGAAGUCAAUAUAUUUGGGCAGGAGGGAGUUAAAAGCAAAGAACAGCUGCAAAUUCAAGCUGUGUAAAGUUGAUCUAGUAUUGUAAUCAUUAAUCUAAAUUUUUUCAUAGAUUUUAACUUUUUCUUCAACCUUGCACUCACCUGUUCAACUGCCACAUGCAAGUGUAGUUUGAUAUUUUGAUAUGCCUUCUUUUGUAACAUUAAAUCUAAUUUCUUGGCUACUGGCAGUCCUUGUUUUCAGGGUUGGGACAGAGGUGAAUUUUUUGAAAGGUUUAAACAGUUUGUGCAGCAUUGAGGAGUGCCUAACCCAAGUAACAUCAAUCUGCUGUGUUUCUACACUUUAUUUCAAAUUUAGCUUAAGAACUUGCUGUACAUGGAAAUACUUAUGUAUUUUUAGUAGUCACAGGGCAGUAGGAAAUCAAGUGUUUGACUUAUGCACCUUUCAGUGAAAAGGCUUUAAACUAUAAAAAGAUAUUUAGUCUGUAUAACCAGUUAAUUAGAAAAUGCAGGGUAAUGGCCCAUAUAUUUACAAGUUGUAGGAACCAGUAAAAUUCAUGCAACAAGGCUGCCUUCAAUCCUAAAUGUACUUCUUUGUUUGUUAUCCACACUUCUUAGCAAAACCCAAGUGCUUGGUGCCACAACUUUAACAGUAUAUAUGCUACUUUGGAAGACUUUAGACUACACAUUGGCAAUCAGUAGUCUCUCAUUUAAUAUCAGAACCUAGCAACCUGAAUGUUUGUGUGUGGACUUAGAAGCCUAACAGUAGUUAAUAUUUUACAUGGUAAAUGCAAUCUCAUGCCAGGGGUUGGAGGGUGGGGGUCCUUUUACAUGGAAGACUUACUUUAGAGGAGAAGCAUUUGUUGCCUUCUGCUCAGUCUGUUGCAUUUCUCUGUUUGUAUGGUUUUUUUUUAUUUUUAACCAUUUUGGUUCAAGAAGGCAUCCUCCCCACUUACUCUUUUUCUGGCUUUUCCACAUAAGGAGUGUCCGGACAAAUCUACAGCUUAAACCUGUUGUUGCCUUUUGUGAUGUACAUUGUACUUGCUUUGAGGUAUGCUGUUAAUGUGAAUUUCAUUCUAUGAACACUAGAGUUCUGCAUGCCAGUGGUGUACUAUCUAAUGGAAGCUAUAGGCAGUCUCAGUGGUUCAGCCAUCUGCAUUAGAUUGUGGAUGUAAAUAGCAGCCCACAACAGCAAAAUCCUUUCACAGUUUUAAUCUUGCAAGAUAUUUGUAAAUGAAGAUUAGGAUUUUUUUUAAGUGUGGCAGCUUUUAAAAAGUUUCAGAAUUGCAACCAACGAUCAGCACAGCAACAAAUUUGUCAUGUUACAUUAAGGCAGAGCUCUGCAAGUUUCAGAGAACUGCUUCACAGAAGUACAGUAUGUGAAGACCGUCAACACUGUUGAUGGAAGGAACAAAUACUCUAAUAUCCAACCGUAUGCCAUUAGUGGAAGGAUGCAGGAGAGGUGCUGUUAAUCAGAGAUCAGAGGUCCGGAUGACCUCAGUUGUGGGUAUUCUUGAUAUUGAAGACUCAGUGGUUUAAGCCCCUUUCUGUCCAUUUUUUUGCCUGAUUUCAUAUUUUAGCCUUAAGGCUUGUGCCUCAUUAUGCUGUUGAAUGGUAAUAAAUACUCUCCAUAUAAAUAUGGUACCUUAAUUCUUUGUCCAUUGCUACUCUAUUGCAUUAUGUCCAGUAUUUCAUCAUGGGCAACCAAAGGCAGGCUAUUGUCUUUCAGUGAAUAGCUUCUCAAUGCAGUCCUUAAGCACUAAGUACCUGAGUCGUAAAUGUUCCUUGUGUUUUGAACAAAGUGAGCAGAUUUGCAACACAGUGUUUUCAUCCUGCAGAUCUGUUAAAGUGUUUUCUAUUGACUCUUAAGAGUCCUGCAUGUAAAUCUCAAAGCUGAGCCUGGCUCCAUGAGCCCAAGUUGAUAUUUGUGGCACAAGAAUGAGUGAGUGUAUUGAUUAUACACAAGAUACAUGGAUAACAUAGUACACUGAACUUUGGGCUAUAUAUCUGAGGAAUACAAGGUUUGUUUUGAAAUAUCUGAGGUUUAGGUCUACUGGAACAUUUUUAGCAUUAGGCUUGCAUUUGUGGGUUUUCUGCAAGCCUCUUGAAUACACCACGUAUUCUGCCAAUUAGAGUAUAAUCUAUAAACUGUAAAUUUUACGGUUGUUUUUAGAUGUCCCCGUUGUCUCUGUUGCGUGGAUAUUUCUUUUCAUCUUCUUCCUUUUUUUUUUUUUUUUUUUUUUGAUAGCUUAAACCACCUUUUUGAGGCUUGAGACUAAUUCCACUCCCUGCCCAUCUGCUUUGGGCUUUGUUUUAGGCUCAUGUUUCAGAUCUGCAUGCAGUGCUUGCGUUACCCUGGUAACUAAAUGUUGGUUCCUUGUUAUAGGGGUUCAACAUUACUUCCAAAAUCACAUAGGGCUUGUGAUGGCACAAGCCAUGGAUCUUUGUAUAAAAGUUAUUCGCCUUUCACAUUUACCUGCUGUAGUAUUGUUGUAUAUUGUGUGUGUGCGUGUGUGUGAUGUCAGGCUGCCAUGUAAAACUUUUCAAAAGGAAAAAAAAAAAAACUUAAAUGCAGACCAUCCUUUUUUGCAUGCUUAGAGGGUUAGAACGUUCAAUGUAACAAACUAAAGUUGCAUGUUAAAAUGUUUAGGUUUUUGUUUUGUUCUGUUUUUAUUUUGUGUUCAGUUUUUUGUGAAUUUGCUUAUUGUGCUGUUUUAAUGGUUGUUAGUAGGAUUAAAUGCACCGGUGAGACGAGCAUAGUGCCAACGGAAGGUAAUUUUCCAGUUGUGUGUGUCAUACAGCAUUUGAAGGGACCACGUAUUCUGUUAAAGAAAAAAAUUUAAAAAUCACAGUUGAUUAACAAAACACUACAUUUUUCUUCUUUCUUUUUGAGUGCCAAACCCUAAUCUAUGUUGGAGUAGACUAUGGGGAAAACCCUUUUUUAUUGCAAUGAGUAGAAGCCUUCUUUAAGUGAAUUAUUUAAAAAGGGAGGCUUUUGCUUCAGAUAGAAUUGACUAGUUGCUUCAGGGAAAAGAAUUAUGGUAAAAACAGUUUCUGGUUCCUUGAAAAUGCUGUGCUUUUUGUAUUUUACAUCAUUAGUGCAAUUUGGAUGGUUCUUGGUAUGUGUAUAGUUCAAAGGUCUUCGUGUUCACAUUUUAAAAUUAGGUAAUGACUUCAUCUUUAGAGCUUGGUUUCAUUAUUUUUAUUUUAUUUUGAACAAUGUAGACAGUUCCCUGUUCUCUGCAUUUAGAAGUAUAAACACUUUAAAUCUGUUACUUAAUUCUGUAAGUAAUUUUUAUAAUUAUGAUGUAACUCUAUCCUUAAAACAUUUAAAAUAAACCCUUUAUGUGCAACUUA